AUGGCAAAAAAGCUCGAGCGACUUCUUGAUCUGCGUGAUAUGGCAAAAGAAAAAAUGUGUCGGAUCCGUGAAGGCUUAAAGCAAGCAGAAGUCAGUAUUCAUUGGUUAAAUUUACAACUUGAUACACUACGCCGGUGUAAUGACGACAUGCAAAAAACGUAUUGGGAAAUUUGUGACAUCGUUCCUAGAGAUCAGCGGGAAGAACACAAAAACGAGUACAUUCGUGCUGAGGAGCUGUAUACCGAGUUAACUGUGCAAAUUCAAACCGAAGUUACAAAAUGGAAUGCCUCCGAAGCAGAAAAAGUGCAAGGAAAAAUAAAUGCGUUGGCCCCAGCCUUUGUUCCGCAGCAGCCAGCAGUAGUUAGCAACUCGACACCUCACCUUCAGUUUCCGUUGCCAACAUUUGAUGGCAGUCUUGAAAAUUGGUACUCAUUUAAGUGCAUGUUUAAGACGAUAAUGAACAGGUAUCCAAAUGAAUCUCCGGCCAUCAAACUUUACCACUUGAAAAACUCUCUAGUAGGCAAUGCAGCUGGUAAGAUCGACCAGGACGUGAUCAAUAAUAAUGAUUACGAGUCAGCAUGGAAGAUGUUAGAAAAUACUUAUGAAGAUGAAAGGUUCAUGAUAGAUACGCAUAUAGAUGCUCUGCUUAAUCUACCCAAAAUGACGAGCGAGAACGGUAAUGAAUUGCGUAACUUACUCGAUACAUGUACGAAGCACGUUGAUGCACUUAAAAACAGACAAUUGGUUGUAGACGGACUUUCUGAAAUGAUUCUUGUCAACUUAAUAGCUAAACGAUUGGACAAGGAAACACGGAAAUUGUGGAAAUCACAGAUUCCAGGAGAUGAGCUGCCUGCUUACAGUGAUUUGAUUGACUACCUACGGGAGCGUAGUCGCAUACUGCAAAAAAUGAAAGAAUAUACCGAAUCGCGUCCUACUAAUGCACCAAAGCAGAAAGUCAAAUUCGAGCAGAAAACCACUCAAGGCAGGAACUUUGUGCAAACGUCGUCGAAACAGUCCAAGGAAUCAUGUAUCUGCUGCAACGGUGAUCAUCAGAUUUAUAAGUGUGACACAUUUAGAGAGCUCACUGUGAAUGAUCGGUACAAUAAAGUCAGGCAAGCCGGUCUAGGCUUUAAUUGUCUGCGACGUGGCCAUCGAAGUGCCGCUUGUAACUCAGACAACACAUGUAGAACGUGCAAGCGAAAGCAUCAUAGUCUUUUGCACGAUGAUAAGCCAGCAGCCCCUAAGGUUAAGGAAAGUACACCAGCUACAUCGAGUUCAACUACUGUGGAAGAACAGCGGAUAAUCGCAGUGCAAACGCAAGGAUCAGUAAACUGUACAAAAUCAUUUAUGCUGGAACAGCAAGUGCUUCUUUCGACGGCGGAGGUACAUGUCCAAGGUUCCAGUAACAAGAAUGUACUAUGUCGUGCCUUAUUGGAUUCCGGGUCUGACAGCAACCUCAUCUGCGAGUCGCUAGCGAGAAAGCUUAACGUUGCUAUGGAAAAUGUUAACAUACCAAUCAGCGGUGUUGAUAACGCUGAAACUGCAGUUAAGUAUAGGCUGCGUACUAAGAUCAGUUCACGCGUUAAUUCAUUUAACGCUCUUCUAGAUUUUUUGGUGGUACCGACGAUUACCACCAACCUACCUAUCGUGAAAGUGGAUAUCCGUUGCUGGACAAUUCCAGCCAAUUUAAGUUUGGCCGACCCAGCUUUUCAUAUUCCUAAUGAAAUCGAAAUGAUUAUCGGCGCGGAAUUGCUUUUUGAAUUGUUACAAGGUGGACGAAUUAAACUUGCAUCUGGAGCUCCCAUGUUGGUUGAAACACAACUUGGCUGGAUUGUCAGUGGCACCGCUAGACUGCAUAAAUCGAAUUCUACUAAAAGUGUUUGCCAUUUAAAUCGCGUCGAUGAACAACUAAACCUGCUAACUGCCGACAUCCCAAAAAUGUACCGCCAAGUGCAGGUGCAUAAAGAUGAUAGGAAAUAUCAGCGUAUUCUAUGGUUGAAUGCCAACAACGAUGUGGGAGCAUUUGAAUUAACCACCGUUACGUACGGUUGCGCCAGUGCUCCUUACCUGGCAACGCGAACAUUGAUGCAAUUGGCGAAGGAUGAAGCACACGAGCUGCCCCUCGCAGCUUAA